AUGGCUGAAAUUGCUCCGUUCAAGAUUCAUGUCCCUGACAGCUUGCUCGAAGAGGUCAAAAUCAAACUCAAGUACGCUCGAUUAGAUAGCGGUAUGGCGGAUGUGGAAUGGAACGACCUAGAAAUUGGGCACUCAGCAUUCAAAGAAGUCGUCGAAUUUUGGCGCGAUGAGUAUGAUUGGCGAAAAUACGAGGUAUUCCUCAACACAUUCAACCAUUUCAAGACCCCCAUACAAGUCGAUGGCUUUGAGCCUCUUGAUAUUCACUUCCUUCACCAUAGAUCUUCCAAAGAAGAUGCUAUCCCCCUUAUUUUCGUUCAUGGCUGGCCAGGGUCAUUUCUUGAGGCAACCAAGAUUCUCCCUCUAUUAGUUGACCCCCCAGCGGGCAAGCAAGCUUUCCACGUAGUGGCCCCUUCGAUUCCAGGCUACGGGUUCAGCCAGUACUCUAAAAAGGCCGGUUUCGGAUUGGAGCAGCAUGCAGCUUGUUUUGCCCUGCUAAUGAAGAGGCUUGGGUAUGAGAAAUAUGUUUGCCAGGGAGGCGAUUGGGGAUCAUCCAUUGUAAGGUAUAUGGCACUCAAUCAUCCUGACGCCGUGCAAGCGAUCCAUAUCAACAUGUUCCUUGCUCUGCCCCCAGAUUCCAAAAAGGCCCCCGAGAAAUAUGCCCGAUAUCAGAAGAAUGCCUAUACGGAGCAGGAACUCAAAAACCUAGAGAGAACUCAUUGGUUUGCGACAGAAGAGCGCGGAUAUCAACGUAUCCAAGAGACGAAACCCGUUACACUGGGUUACGCCCUGCAUGACUCUCCAGUCGGAAUGCUUGCUUGGUUUGUCGGAAAGCUCCGGGCCUGGACGGACGGGUAUCCUUGGACAAAGGAGGAGCUCAUUCACUGGGCUUUCAUUCAUUACCUAGGUAGUCCCAGCGCGGCGAUGCAGAUUUAUAAGGAGGCAGAGGCCGUUUUAAACAAUAAUUCAGACAGUAUGUUGGGGAGAUACAUUUCUCAGCCAGUUGGAGGAUCUUUAUUCCCAAAGGAGCUUUGGUUGAAUCCUCGAGAUUGGUUGUCCGAGACCUGUAACAUCCAGUUCUGGAGACAACAUCAAAAGGGAGGACAUUUCAUUGCUUGGGAAAGGCCUGAGACGCUUGCAGAUGAUGUGGCAGAGUACUAUAGUAAGUCUGGUCCUGUUUUUGGACUAGGGUCUUAG